CCGCUCGGAGACGAUCACGUGGUUUAUUGAUUGCCGUCUGUGAUUUACGUGUGCGCUACCGAGAUUGCCGUCAUCGCCGAUGCAUCUCGAGUCGGGUGCUCCUGUUCGCCGACCAGUGACCGUUCAUGUCACAGGUGAAUGAAUCGGAAGGGGCGGUGCUGCGACUGAACCGCUUUGGCAAGUGGGCGAUGUGGAUUGGCAACAGUCACCGCUGGAACUUCUCGAUGGAUCAGAUAUUUCACGAUCUUAUUCACGAGUGUAAAUAUGUGGCCCCGGGGGCGCAGCUCACCUACGCGCUGCGGAAUCGUCUGGAGAAGUACAAGAGGGACGUGCGGAAGGAGAUCGCGUCUCGCAUGAAGGACGGCUGCGCGCCGUUGUUUAUCGCCUGCAAGCGGGGCCACGUCGAGAUCGUCGAGUACCUCGUGAAGAAGUGCGACGCGGACAUCGAGCAGAGGGGAAGGUACGAGGUGCCGGACGACAGGUCGGUGCACUGCGUCACCCCGCUGUGGUGCGCCGCGGUGUCCGGAAACCUCGAGGUUAUAAAAUGUCUCAUAUCCCACGGCGCUGAUGUCAAUGCCGUCUCCGACUCUGGCUCCACUCCUGUUAGAUCUGCGUGCUUCAUGACGCAUCUGGACAUUGUCUCUUAUUUAGUGGAAAACGGCGCCGACAUAUUAAAAGCGAAUUACAAUGGCGGAACGUGUUUGAUAAAUUCUGUGCAAAGCGUGGAGUUGUGCACUUUCCUGUUGGAGCACGGCGCGGAUGUGAAUGCCACCGACAUUCAGAGCAAGACUGCCUUGCAUUAUGCCAUUCAAGAGCACAGACUUCAAACUACCAAACUGCUCUUGGAACACAAUGCAGACCCUCAUCUUAGAUCUCGUUAUAAUGAUGAUGCCCUCCAGACUGCUUGCCUUAAAGGAGCCAUUCAGAUAUUUGAUUACUUAGUGGCACACGUGUCGUAUUCUGCGGAAAGAUUGGCAGACGCAAAUGAGCUAAUGGGAUCUACGUUUUUCGACGAUCACAAUGACACGCACAUGGCGUUGCAAUACUGGAGGGUGGCGAUGGUCCUCAGAAUGUCCAACUUGGACGACGGGACGCCUUUACCAAAGAGACCUGUGUUACCAAAACGCGAAGCUUACAAAAACGCUAUGGAAUUUUCCAACUUGGAUGAGCUGAGCGCUAUCUCGCUCGACUUGGACGCAAUAAGAAUACAAAGUUUGCUGAUAUGCGAGAGGGUAUUAGGUCCACAUCACAAGGAUACUCUCUUCCGGCUGAUGUUUAGAGGUGCAUCGUAUGCAGACGCGUUAAGAUAUCAGCAUUGUAUAGAUCUGUGGCGUCGCGCGUUAGAAAUCAGGGUAGAAAAGGAUUCGAUUUUGUACUCGGAUACUUGCUUUACCGCGCAAGCUCUUGUAAGACUUAUGGUAGAUCUAAAUGAGAAAACGUUGGAGGUGGUGGAUCGUAAUCGAGAGAGGCAGGAGCCGCGGUUUUGCGAUGUAGUAGCGAUAUUUAAAUUACUUACUGGCAAAUUGACGGAAGCUAAAGAGCUUCUAGAGAAGCGCCCUGUACAUAAGAGACAAAGAGAUAGUUACGAGCGUAUCCUGAAAUGCGUGACGCAUCUUAUUUACCUGUUGGUAGAAACUGCGAGUUCUGACGAAGAGAAAGCUCUGAUGCACGAACUGGUUCGUGGUUUGGUGAAACAAAAUCCCAAAUCUGUUUAUACAGAAGACACGCUCCUCCAUCUUUGCGUUUCUAGUUUAAAUACGAUUAAUUCUAGUUAUUUUACUUCUGCCGACGAUAUGCAUACAAUCUUUCCACGUUUGGAAGUUGUUAAAUUACUCUUGGACUGUGGGGCAUACGUCGAUACCAGAAAUAUGUUGCGAUCAACGCCUUUACAUGUAGCAAGUAACGCUUAUAACUUCCAUAAUCCUUUGAUAAAAUUGUUGUUGGAUAACGGCGCGCACUUAGAUACACCAAAUAGAGCGGGCGAUACACCAGCGCGACUGAUAUCCUCAAAUCCACUGAAUACCGUGAACCUUCUUAGUCACACUACCCUUCAGUGUCUAGCCGCGCAGGCUGUUUGUAAAUAUGGAAUCCAGAGUACAGAAUUGCCUGCUACGUUAAAACGUUUCCUGGAUCUUCAUAGGGAAUGAUAUUGAUAUUUUUUUAAAUAAUUAUUGGAUGCUCAUCAACAUCCGUAAUAAUAAUCAUGAUGUAUUUUGUUAUAAUUAAAAAAUGUACGACAAUAUCAAAGGAUUUACAUAUACAUAAAUGAACAGUGAUGUAUAUUAAUUGUAAUUAACGCUAAUUAUAAACAAAUCAUGAAACGUAAUGUUAUAAAAUUGUGAAAUGUAUCGAUGUCGAAAUUUAAUUAUAAAGAAAGUACUAUUUUUAGUAAUUAUAACUCUCUUAUUAAGUAUAUAAGAUCUACAUUGUAAAUACGAUCGCGCGCAUUGUAAUACGUUAAAGCGAAAAAGACUGAAUGAAAAGAGAAUGCUUCUGUAAGAACUAAUUUUCUCGAUUAGGAACAUGGCAAUAUGUAAAGUAUCAUUUUUAAUAUUUCUGUACAGCGAUUCGUGUAAUUUAAUUACAUUAAGAGUUCUUGCAAUCUUAGACAGCCAUUUUUGGGUAUUGCAAGAUAUCGCUUAAGAGCUGCACUCAAAAAUUGUUAUGCACAUUGUAUUAUAUAAUAAAAAGAUACUCUCCAUGCAGUAAAACAAGAUGCAUAUUGACACCAAUAUGAUGAAUUGUCGGAUAUGUCAAAGUUUAACUCUUUUAGAUACUCUAAAAUCUAGAUCACUUUCCUUCAAAGAUACGAACAACCGUAGAAAUAAGAAAAACAUCUGCAAUAAUUUUAAUCUAUUGAUAAAUUACUAUAUCUUAGAAAGAACUAUAUUAAACAAUUUUCAAAAACAAA